AUGGCACCGAAUUACGAGUAUACGCUCAUCGACGAACACGAAGGCGAGAGAUUCAUCGCAGCCCACUUUGGCGAAAAGAUCCUCGAUCUUUUUCGAUCACUUCCAAAUCGAGCACUGAAAUCUGAUCUUCUUCGAUACCUAUUGUUAUUUAAAGAAGGGGGGUAUUAUGGUGAUUUGGAUACAGAGCCGGUUAAACCUCUUGAUCAGUGGGUUCCAAAUAACCUCAAGAAUGUUGUUAGACUAGUGGUUGCUCUUGAGCAUGAUGCUGGUGUAUUUGCGUUGGGAAAUUGGAAAUACCCAGUACAGUUUUGCCAGUGGACAAUUGUGUCGGCGCCGGGACAUCCUGUUCUGGAAAGCAUGAUACAGCGGGCUAUACGAGGGCUGGAGGAGCUGGCGCAAAGCGGAAAAAUGAACUUGGAUAAGGUUAAACCGACCGAUCGUCAGGUACUAAGUGCGACUGGUCCUCAGGCAUGGACGGAGGAGAUAGUCAAAUAUCUCAUACAAGUUGCACCUGAAAUAACAAGCUAUGAAAGUUUGUUGAGAACGACAGAGCCCAAAUUAUACCACGAUGUUCUCGUGUAUCCUUUAGACGGAUUUAUGACGCUGUCAGCAGAAAUGAGUUUAUUUGAGGGUGCAGGGGAGCAUCAGUUGGCCCAUCAUGAAUUCAGAGGCGCGUGGAAGCAAUGGGAUGGGUAA